UGAAACAAAGUUUGUGGAUGUUUUCAAGCAGGCUGUAUAUGGUUUAUUAGAUGAAGGAAUUUGAUCGAAGAUCCAUGGAGAAUAUUUCAAUAAUUUAUAAUAAGCUGAAUAGUGAUCCGGCUAUGUUUGAAUGCCGAAACGUAUUCAUGUCUGUGGAAAUCCUAUCAAAGUCUAAAAGUAAAUAGAUUAAUCUUUCGCUGGCGUAUGUAAUUAAGAGAUCGAUUCGGUUCUAUACAAAUCGGGAGGUAUUUUAACUAUCGUUUAUUUGUUUUUAAAGAGCAUGUUUUAAGAUAAUUUAAAGAUAAACAAUAUACAUACAUGGACGUGACUGUCUGUGCUGACGGGAAUAUGUGUUUUGGGCAUAUCUGCUAUCUGUAAAAGUAAAUACACCGCGUCGGUACCUGCAUAUACGGACUGUAGAAAUGUGCAUUCCCUAGUGAUAUCACGUAGGAAUAAGAUCAUAUAAUAGUGGCUGUAAAAAAGGCCUUACCCAUCUGAGCCCAUUACAGUAAGGAUGUCAUCCGAGGAUGCCGACGACGAGUGUGAGAGCCCCGCCCCGCCGGUUCCGGAGUGGGUCGACCCCCGAACCCUCCAGUUUACGGUGUUCAUCGUUCUCCCGAGUGAGGAAGUGUGUACGCUGCGGGAUCUGCCCUCCGGAAUCUCGGUUCUUGACAUAAAGGCGCGGCUUGAGGUAUCGGCGGGUUUGCCCAGCCAGAUGUACGGGCUCGUGUACCCGGAUGGAGAGGAGCUGCCACCGACACAGAGGCUCGUCGUCCGCGAAAAUAUUAUACAUGGAUACAUACUAAAGGUGAAGCCAAUAGACAGUUGGGAGUCGCUGUACCUGGCGGUCAGCCGGAACAACAUCGAACAGGUUUAUCACAGCGGUGGCGUCCAUCUGCGUGGCAACAUCCAGAUUGCUCCCGAGGAGGCUGGUCGCUACGAGAGCGUGGUUCGCGAGAGGGGCACCGCUGCCCUCUAUAUGGCAGCCUACUUAGGAAGGAACCGAAUGGCUAAUAUGCUCGUGUCUGUGGGUGUCAACCCUAAUGGAGCCACUAUGUUUGGGCGGACAAGCCUACACGCAGCCGUGGCCCGGGACCAGGUGGGCGUCAUGGACUACCUCGUCACCCACGGCGCAAGUCUAGACAGACGAGACAGUUUCGGACAUACGCCCAUGGAUAUCGCUCUGCAAUUUAACUCUGUGCUGUGUUAUAGAAAGAUACGUCUGAUGCUUUUGAAUCUUCGUGGGCACUCUUCUGGCGGCGUGAAGAAAACUAUUACGUCGAGUUCUAAGAGUAAAGAAGGGAUUUCAGAUAAGGAGAGAGCUAAGACAGCGAUGUCUCAAUACUCAGAUGUUAGCUCAAUUUCAAAACCAACAUGCCCCGUCCAUGUAUCUCGUAAACAGCUUUCGUCAAGCGCACCGGCGGUAGAUAUGCGACACAAACUAAAUGACACUGAAAGAACACACUCGUCACUGAGUUUAGCAACUACCGGUAAAGUUAGACAAAAGUAUAACGUGAAAUGGAAGGAGACGUCGACAGAAUACACCUUCUGGAAUCUGGGGGACAUGUCCAAAAUUGAGGACAGUGUGAAGGUGAAACAAGUGUCAUAUUCGUUACCAAAGACUAUCCUCAAGUUUUCCAGUGUAAAUGCGGCGAAAUCAGGACAGGAUCCAAAAAGAGAAAAAGAGAACAAAUUGAAGGAAGAAGUCGCUGAUAAGAAACCUGAGUCACCGGAGAUUGUUCAAGCCAUGAAGUAUUCCAAGGAAAAGUUAAAGCACUUCAAGAAGAUGACGAAAACGCACACAGAAUACGUACCAAUGGCUGAUCGAAAGAAAAAGAAGUAUAGUGCUACAAAUCAUGCGUCGAAUAAAGAGGCUAGUGAAGCAUUUAAACGCUGGCUUGAAAAGAAAGAAGAAGAAGAGGAAUAUGAAAAAGAUGAUAGCGAUGAACAGCAACGUGAAAAUGGGAAUAUUAGUGAUUCGGACGAAGAAAAAAUGUUUGAGUUUAACAAACGAGUUCGAAAGAUGAAUAAGAGUAGCACUAGAAGUUUAACACCGGGAAAUAGACCAGUUAUGAACAUAAUAGAGUUUGGAAGCACCAAGCAAGGUGAUGGCAGGAAUCCACCGGCGGAGCAGAAUAUAACAGCCUACAAUGAGUGGAAAAGAAAGAAAAGAGUGUUUACUAUUGAUGUACCAAGAGUGAAGAGCACUAAAGACUUUGAGGCUGAGAAGAGACGGCUGGAGGAAAGGAGGCAGAAGUUGCUGAUGAAUGCGAUAUCGUAUGAGGAGUGGAUGGACCAUACAGAGGAACGGAAAACAUUGAUAAAGCAGAUUCUGAAGGCAGACAUGGAGGAUAUGAGGAAAAUGGAGGACGACAAGGUGAAAGAUAGGCAUCGGUUGUAUUCAUAUGACUUAUGGAGAGACAGGCUUCGAAAGAGAGAAACGGAGGACAGGAAGAGAAAGGAGGUUCAGAAACUUUAUGACCAGGAAAGGCAUCGAGAGAAAGAAGAGAGCAGAAGUAGUUACGCUGUGCCUUUUGAUGAUUGGUUGAAGAGGAAGAGAUCAGCCAUGACGAAAGAACGCGAGAGCGAGCAGAGGUUGUCGACCAAUGGUAAACGUGACGUCAAUGAUAAGAAAGUUUUAGAUGCCAUUUAUAGGCAGAAUGGGGCUAAGGGGCAAGUGACAAUGAGGGACGAAAUAUUGAGAAAUUCAGCCCCGGUGUUCAGACAACCGACGGUGUAUAGUUAAACUGUUAGAAUGAGUUUUAUAAUAAUUUUGUUUUUAAUUUAUUUUAUUUUGUUUAUUAAUUUUGGUACUUCAAUUGCAUUUCUAGAAUGUGUUUUUUUACUACCAGGUAGUCAUAUUGUAAUUAAAUGUCGCAAACCAACA